AGCAACAAUGGCACAGCCCCUCUGACCGGAGACCACCACGCUUCUUAAACGCCUUUAUGUGGGGGGGAAGGGGGGGAAUGUUCUCUCCCUCUCUCGACAAGGUCGGUCUCCACGGAAGAGUGCGACACCUCCCAUCGGCCGCGGCGGCCGCAAAGGAUCCCGCUCGUUUACCAUGAGCUGUUUGGAUGUUAUGUACCCAGCCUAUGGACAUUACGCACCGUACGCGCCAACUGCACACGCUUUUAUCAGUAGCCUACAGGCACCCCGUCUGAGCAGUGCUUCUCCUCACCAUCGUGACUUUAUGGACGCUCCCAGGGGUCCGGAGGGGGUAUCUGGGGGCCCCAGCGCAGGAGGCCCCGUUCCUGGAGGUUCCUCCUCGUCGUCCUCCUCGUCCUCAUCUUCCUACCCCCCUGCGGCUUCGCGGCAGGACGAGGGCCCCAAGGAGAAGCGGGAAGCCCCCGAGGCCGAAUACCUGACAUCGCGCUGCGUCCUCUUCACUUACUACCACGGAGACAUCAGUAGUGUGGUGGACGAGCACUUUUCCAGAGCCCUCAGCUCCUACAUGGAUGGGGAGGGCAAACGGCGGGUGGCUGACCAACAGGGCGCAGAUACUCCAUCACCUGGCAGCCGGCGAAGCUUCCCCCCCUCCUUCUGGGACAGUAACUACUCCUCGCCUCAGAGCCACUCCCACUGUGAGACGGGUGCACCAGCCUAUUCCAUGGACCCAUAUGGCUCGGGGCUUCACCCUGGCUUGCCCCACCCGCACCCCCAUGCUCACCCACAUGCCCACCCUCACUCCCACCCACACCCAUCAGAGAGCUGGGGUUACCCCCAGACCCAGGCCUAUGGACCACCGAGGCCCCUCCAUGAACUCUACUCUCCCUCAGCCUUGGAGCCCCACUACGGACCCCUGCUCAUGCCAGCAGUGCGGCCCCCACACCUGCCGACCCUGCCGGGCCACUACGAGGUGAGCAAGCUAGAGCCCAGUCCCUCCUGGCCCAGCCUGCUGCCCCCGGGAGAUGUCAGCCAAUCCCUGGCCCUCAAUAUGGAUGCAGGUCUCCAGCACCACAAGAAAGGCAAGGAGCUCUACUGGUUUUAACAAGCCCUUCAGUCACAGUGACCAGCCAUUACCAGAUCCAAUUAGUGUCUGGACCUGCUCCUCUAUUGAAGCAGCUUGUCCCUUCAUCCCUCUCACACCGCCUCUCUGCAGCCCCAUCUCUCCAACCCCCUCUCUCAACCGCUGGCCUGCCCUGCCAGUACACAGCCUUGCUCCAGGUCGACAUGUGUGCACCAGGGAGAUAAAGGAGAGACAGACAGACAGAGAGGGAGAAAGGGAGAGAGAGAGACAGACAGAGAGACAGAGACAGAGACAAAGUCAAUGUCAUUGGACUCGCCUCCUAAUUUGCCCUACUUGCCCCAUCGCUCUCUCUCUCUCUCUCUCUCUCUCUCUCUCUCUCUCUCUCUCUCUCUCUCUCUCUCUCUCUCUCUCUCUCUCUCUCUCU